CAAAAAGGUAUCUGAACAGCUGAUUCUAGCACAAUUGAAUUCUAGACUCAAUGAACGUCAACCGUUCACAGUUCUGUGCUCAUUAAUUACAUAUUUGUACUUCUUAUCAAUUUUUCAUGAAUUUCAAUUUAUCAAUAACCUAUUUUCUAUAGAGUUCCAACAAAAAACCUCAAGAGUGGAUUGGAUUAUUUAUUAAUUCAAAAUAAUGUAUGAAGAGGAGAAUUCAGUAGAAAAAGAAGCAGCCAUGGAUGUGGCUUUAGCGGCUGGUCUUCUGGAACCAACCUGUGUCAUUCAAGAAGGAACUUUUCCAGACCCUGGAAAAGUGGGCUUUGAUGGAAAUAUUGUGGUGAAAAGGGAAAAUUUGGAUGAACAUGACAACCCUGUCAAUGAGGAUACUGCAGACCAAUAUCAGACACAGGCAGUUGAAGAUGAAAAUACUGGAGAAGGCAGUUCUUGGACUCAUCCUAAUGCUGCAAGUACAGAAUCAUCCACUUCCAAACCACGUGACAAAUGGACGAAAGGUGGGCCCCUCAACAAAAACCCGACAGAAGUAUCCGCGAAACUGUCAGAGCUGGCCGAACGGUUCGCCUGCACAAUGUGUGACUUCCGGACGGCGGCGCUGGCCAAGUUGCGCUGCCAUUUACGGCUGCACGUCUCACCAGGCAACCAACUGCGCCACUGUCCCUACUGCGCCUACAACACACUGCAUGCGAACACACUGCGCGCACAUGUGCGAACGCACACUGGAGAGAGACCGUUCAAGUGCAACCAGUGUGACUACAGCACUUCGUACAGUACCACGCUGAAAACCCACAUGCGGAUCCAUAGUGGAGAAAAGCCCUACAAGUGUCAGAUAUGUGACUACAGUUCUACCCAAUCCACAAAUCUACGCACCCAUAUGCGAAUACACAGCGGAGAGAAACCUUACGAGUGCAACAUAUGUGAAUACAGAUGCGUGGACUCCAGUACCCUGUUGAAGCACAUCAAGAGUCACACGGGCGAGCGAGCCGCGACUGAAAAGAAGAAGCCGAAAACGCUGACCUGUGAGGAGUGCGGCUACAAAUGCGCCUACCAGGCCACCAUGACAGUGCACAUGCGCACACACACCGGAGAAAGGCCAUACAAGUGUGAGCUGUGCGACUAUGCAUGCACACACAUCACCAGCUACAAGAACCACAUGCGCAUGCACACGGGCGACAAGCCAUACAAGUGUGCGCAGUGCGACUUCAGCACCAGUCACUCGAGUCAUCUGAAGAGGCAUAGCAGACGGCACACGGGGGAGAGGCCCUAUGUGUGUGACGUAUGCAAGGCCGGCUUCACACAGAAGACGCAUUUGGACAAGCAUGUCAGGACUCAGCAUAGGACAGACACUGUUCAAGCAUAGAG